CUUUCCAUCAAACAGAAUGAAAAGAUAGUUGUAUUGGUUUUCUUUUGUGGAGUUGACUUUUAUCACUGUGGACUUCAUCAUGCAACCAUAAAGAUUAUCCGAGAUGGAAUAGAUAUGAUUAAAUCCAGUCCAUGUAAAUGCAUUCCUUUAAGUUGGUAAAUAAAAUCUACGUAACACUUUAGAACUUGUGGAUCUGUAUGAGAUGUUAAUCAUUUAUGAGCCUAACAGACCUGAAAGAGAAAUUGCUUACGGCCCAGUGACGUCAGGGCUGGCACUGGUCAUGGCUUGACAGCUAUGUCAAUAAAUAGUCGAAGAGCUGAAAAACGGAGUAGUUUUUUUUUUAGGAAGCAGCUCGUCUCAAAAGCAAUGGAGAAGGGUGAUCAGAAGCUCAAUCUGAAGAGGGAAGUGGGGAUGGUUGGAGCUGUGUCAUUCAUCGCUGGAACCAUGAUAGGAUCUGGGAUCUUCAUAAGUCCCCAGUAUUUGCUAUCCACUAUUGGCAGCCCUGGGGCGUUCUUUGUUAUGUGGGCUUGCUGUGGGUUGAUAGCCAUGCUGGGGGGGCUCUGCUAUGCUGAACUGGGCACAGUGAUUUCUGAAUCUGGAGCCGAGUAUAUCUACAUGCUACGGACAGUGGGGCAAGUGGUGGCUUUCAUGUAUGUCUUCAGCUUCAUUGCUGCCAUGAGGCCCGCCAGUGCCACAGGAAUUGCCCUGACCUGUGGGGAAUACAUUGUGGCCCCUUUCUAUCCUGGCUGCACCCCUCCUCAAGUGCUGGUGAAAUGUGUGACCGCAGCAGUUAUCUUGAUGCUUGCCAUUAUUAAUUGUCUGAGUGUGCGCAUGGCCACUGCCAUCCAGGUGGUUACCAUGGUGGUCAAAGUGCUGGCAAUGGCAGUGAUUAUACUCGGAGGCGUUGUGAUGCUUUUCCAGGGCAACACACAGAACUUUGAGAACUCCUUUGAGGGAACAAACCUUGAUGCCAACUCCAUUGGUCUUGCUUUGUAUCAGGGACUGUGGUCCUAUGAUGGCUGGAACACUUUGAAUUAUUUAACCGAAGAGCUGAAACAUCCAGAAGUCAAUCUCCCAAGGGCUGUUGUGAUAGCCAUUUCUCUGGUGACUGGCUUGUAUCUGCUGGUGAAUGUGAGCUAUCUGACGGUAAUGACGCCUAAAGAGCUCAUGUCCUCCAACGCGGUAGCAGUUACCUGGGGGAAUAAGGUGUUAGGCAGCUGGGGGUGGAUCAUGUCUGUGGCUGCAGCAUUGUCUGCUUUUGGUUCACUGAACGGCACCUUCUUCAGUGGAGGUCGCGUGUGCUUUGUUGCUGCCAGAGAAGGACAUAUGCCAGACAUUCUUUCCAUGGCUCACGUGCGCAGACUGACUCCAUCCCCAGCUCUGAUCUUCACCACCAUUAUCUCUCUGGUGGUGCUGAUCCCUGGAGACUUCCAGAGUAUCGUCAACUACUUCAGUUUCACUGCCUGGUUUUUCUAUGCCAUCACCAUGUGUGGACUCCUCUAUCUCAAGAUAAAGAAGCCAGAACUCCCGAGGCCAUACAAGGUUCCCAUUAUACUCCCCAUCCUGGUCCUUGUCGCAGCAGUAUUCCUUGUGCUGGCCCCCAUCAUAGAUAAUCCUCAGAUUGAAUACCUCUAUGUAUCUUUAUUUAUUUUCAGUGGAAUCCUUGUCUAUAUACCCUUCAUUCAUUUCAAGCUCUGCCCAGGCCUGUUGACAAAGUUAACAUUAUUCCUGCAGCUGUUCUUAGAGGUCGCCCCGGCAGACAAAAACCUGUAAUUUUGUAGGUGUUGUGAUAUAAAACAUUAAGAAGCC